UGCAUCGGUUUCAUCCGGCUCGUGCUCGUGUCGACUGUCUGCCUCUGUGGAUCCACGAAAUACAGGAAUAAACUUUACCUAUUUUAUUUUUCUGCGAAAAAAAAGUUUUUAUCUCUACUUUACUAUCUCUCCUUAUUUUUUGUACCGAAUUGACAAACCGGGGGGAAAAAAUGCGUCUCAUCCAGAACAUGUCGACCAUCGCAGAGUAUCCAGCACCCGAAUACUUGGUCCCUAACCGGGUCAUUAAAAUAGCUGUGAUAGGAGGCAGCGGAGUUGGGAAAACAGCGCUCGUGGUGAGAUUCCUAACAAGGCGCUUCAUCGGAGACUAUGAGAGAAAUGCGGGUAAUCUCUACUCUAGAGAGGUCCAGGUGGACGGAGAGCAAGUGACCAUCCAGGUUCAGGACACCCCUGGUGCGGAGAUGACAGAUAAUGGCAUCAGCGUACCUGACCACGUGACCUGCUCCAUCCAGUGGGCCGACGCCGUGGUGCUGGUGUACUCUGUGACAGACCGGCGCAGCUUCGACCUGAUCGAACAGCUGCACCAGCUGGUUGCUCGCGCCGGCGGUGCCAACAUGCCUCCGGUGAUCCUGCUGGCCAACAAGGCGGACCUGCUGCACCUGAGGCGGGUCGACUCCCAGCAGGGCCCUCUGCUGGCGGGGACGCUGGGCUGCUCUUUCUAUGAAGUGUCUGCCAGCGAGGACUACAGCCAGGUGCACGGUGCUUUCCACAGGCUGUGCUGCCAGCUAGCCAAGCAGCCGCCCCCUGCCUCCAACUCCUCAAACAACUCUGCCGGCGCUGCCACGGAGAAGAGGCGCUCGCCCCUCAUCCCCAGGCCAAAAUCCCCCAACAUGCAAGAUCUGAAGAGGCGUUUCAAGCAAGCGCUGUCUGCAAAAGUCAGGACUGUUACCUCGGUGUGAGGACUAGACAUUGAAAGUGGUCCAGGGUGGCCACAGAAAGAAAGAAAGAGUUGGAGGUUAAAGAGAAAAGAGGACAGAGAAGAUUUGUGCUUCUCCAGCGAAGUCCUGUUCCAGUCUGGCUGACGAAGGCAGAUGUGAGAUGAACGUCGGUGGGUUCUGUAUAGUGAGAGGCAGAUGAAUCUUUACAGAGGUAACGACCAGUGAGCUGGUGUCUGUCCUGACAAAUACCACGUGUGAGGAGAAGCAGCGAGGGACUUCGUCGCCUGCUCAGGAUAGAAAAGGACGACAGAGGAUGCAGAGGCAGCUGCGUGAGGCCGACUGAACCCCAGACUCUCUGCAUGUAAAACAUGUAAAAUCAAAAACUGCAAAUCAAGCUCACCUGGCAACAGCAGCUCCGAAGGACCCUACUGCUUAUUUUUAGCUGUGCUGCUCAUUGUGGCGGUACCGAAUUCAGACUGCCACUAAAGGGCACUGCUAAAUGCUGGUAUUAUUAUACCAGCCACUCGAGCCAGGGCUCUGUGCAGCUGUGUGUGCGCUCAGUCUAUUGUAUUAGUAUAUUUUUUGGCAGAAUCCAGAAGCAUCAUUGUGUAUAACAGAGUGAUGAGUAGAGGUUGUGUGUGUGUGUGCAUGGGGGGGGGUAUAGUGGGGCAAUUUAUUAUGUAGCAUGUUGGCGGUUAUUAUCACUGAUGCACUUUAUAAAAAGGAAUAGUCCAAAGGGCCUGUUGUUAUUUAUUUGGUACAAAUUCACUUUGCGUUCACAAUAAAAUGAUGAUGAAUUUGA